AUGGCGGCGACCCUGUGCCAGGUGAUGGGCUUUGUGCUGAGCCUGCUGGGGGUGGGUGGGAUUAUAGCCGCCACUGGGAUGGACCAGUGGGCGACGGAGGACCUGUACGACAAUCCUGUGACCGCCAUCUUCUCCUACUCAGGACUCUGGAGAUCCUGCGUCCGGCAGAGCUCCGGAUUCACAGAGUGCCGACCCUACUUCACCAUCCUGGGGCUACCAGCUAUGCUCCAAGCUGUGCGGGCCCUGAUGAUAGUGGGGAUGGUCCUGGGAGCCAUCGGUUGUCUGGUCGCCAUCUUUGCCCUCAAGUGUCUGAAGAUGGGGAACAUGGAGGACAGCGUCAAGGCUACCAUGACGUUGACCUCUGGGGUCAUGUUUCUGCUCGGAGGUGUUUGUGGCAUUGCUGGAGUGUCGGUCUUUGCCAACCUAAUCGUUAGCAGCUUCCGGUUCACCACCUAUGCAGGUGGUGGAUAUGGAGGAGAAGGAGUACUGGGGGGAGGAUUAGGAGGAAUGGGAGGAUCUCUCACUCCCAGGUACACCUUUGGCUCUGCCCUCUUUGUGGGGUGGAUAGGCGGAGCCGUGCUGGUCGUGGGAGGGGUUAUGAUGUGUAUGGCCUGUCGGGGGAUGGUUCCACCAGAGGAGAAGAGACAAAAUUAUGGGAUGGCCUACAAGCCUGCUUCCCAACACACAACAGUUUACAAAGCUAACACCAGACCCAGAACGGCCUAUGACGAUUCUUUCAGAGCCCAGAGUAUGGAUGGAAGACAAUCCAACCAGCAAUAUGUGUGA